CGCUGACUAGUACCUACAAAAGAGAGCAGGUUACGCUUUCAGUCAUAUAAAUACCAAUUGCAGUCGACCAGAGUCAGCAAGUUGAGUGAUACGGUUUCCUCUCUGUACUAGUCACACUGGUAGGGUAUUUCUGUUGUUUAGGUUGGGUAUUCUCCAGGAAACCAAAGUUAGUAGCAAAUAAGUAGUGCUACAGAUAGGAAGUUUUCAGAAUGAGGUUUUUUUUAGUAACUGUUCUGCUGGUCACGUUGGCUUGUGCCUCGGCCAGUAUCGUGCCAUUACGGAGAAACGUGAGAGAUGUAAGUGGUAGUGCAUCAUCAGCUGGAUCGCAAUCGGCCAGUGGUGCUGGUGGAUUGGGAUCUCAAAGUGGAAGCUCGGCUUCUUCGCAAUCCUUUGGACAAUUCCCGCAGUUUGGCGCGCAAUUCCACCAACCUAUGUUCGGUGCCAAUCAAGCUGGAUUUGGACAGUUUCCUCAGUUCCCACAAUUUGGACAGUUCCCAGGAUUUACCGGAUCUUCGAGCGGUGCUUCAUCUAGCUCGUUCAGUCAAGGAGGUCACGGAUCGCACUCAGGGUCUCAAUCAGGCUCGCAAUCAUUUUCUUCCAGCAGCGGUGGUCAUGGUGGAUCCGGGUCACAGUCUGGUUCGCAAUCGUUCUCUGCUGGUGGAUCAGGUCAUGGUGACCAAAGUGGCUCUGCAUCGUCUGCUGGAUCGCAAUCCAUUAGCAAUGGACAUGAUCAGGGUGCGCAUGGAGUCAUAGGCACCGGAUCCCAAGCUGGAGCACAAUCAACUUCCGCCGGACAAGAUCAUGGUGGUCAUCACGGAGGAAUUGGAAGUGGUUCCCAAGCUGGAGCACAGUCUACAUCACACGGACAGGAUCACGGAGGUCACGGAUCUUCUGGAAGUGGUGCUCAAGCUGGAUCACAAUCAAUCAGUGGGGACGCAGGUCAUCAUGGAGGCACCGGUAGUGGCUCCCAAGCUGGAUCCCAAUCCUUCAAUCAGGGACAGUCAUCUUUCGGACCCGGUGGAAGACACACAGAAGUUAGCAAACAGGGUGAUGGGUUUGGGGUUCGAGUUAGUACUGAUGAAUCAGCUGACGGAACCAAGAAGAAGGCCGAAAGUGAAGCUUGGGUCUGGCAAAGCUGAGAAACGAAUGACGAAAUAAACACAAAAUAUUCCCGUUGAUAAUAACUGA